AUGGCGCCUCUCCACUUCCUCGAGCGCCUGCGCGUCGGUCGCAGUGAGCCAGUAGCCACCGGCCCAGCCAUUACCCCAGCUUCCGCUGCUCUGCUCUCGGUGCUGUUCACCGUUAUCUACGUCGUGCCCUUCUACCUUUCCAAAUCCACCCGUCCGUCGCAGACCCUCCACCGAGAUGCGCCCUCGGUCAUCCGCGCGCGCAUACGCGCCGUCACCAGCUCAUGCAUUAUAUGCACCAUGAUUACGCUCUACAUCCUCGCCCAGUCCGCCCACGAUAGUUUCCUGGACGCUUUGCACCACCUGGGUUGGUGGCCCAUUUCCAUUCCAGAUAUAAUCAAGGUGAUGCUGUUGCUCUGCGUCCUGUUCGCCGGGCCACUGUUCGAGAACGGUAUCGUAGACGGGGACUGGCGUGACUGGAUAGUGGGAAGGCACGUCAACGAGACCUUCAGCAGCUGGAUCGGCUGGCGCAACUACGUCGCCGGCCCCACAACCGAAGAGCUAAUCUGGCGCUCCCUCAUCAUCCCCCUCCACCUCUCCGCCCACGUCUCACCCACAAAGACCGUCUUCGUCACCCCGCUCUACUUCGGCAUCGCGCACGUGCACCACUUCUACGAGUUCCGCAUCACGCACCCGCACACGCCCGUCGCCGCCGGCGCCGCCCGCUCGCUCUUCCAGUUCGCGUACACGUCGCUCUUCGGCUUCCUCGCCGCCUUCGUCUACGUCCGCACCGCCUCGCUGCCCGCCGUCGUCCUCGCCCACGCCUUUUGCAACUGGAUGGGCCUGCCCAGGCUCUGGGGCCGCGUCGGGAAUAGUACCGGUCCUUCCCGGAGCUAUGCGCCGUCGUCGUCGCUGUCGUCGUCGACUAGUGCUGCUGCUGAGGCCGGCCCCAUCGGACCCGUUGCUGGCGGCGAGGGCAAGAGGGCGGAUGGCGGCGGCGGCGGCGGUUUGUGGACACCGGCGGCUGCGCGUGGCGGCGACCACGUCGGCUGGACGGUGGCGUACUACGCGCUGCUGGUCGGUGGCGCCGUCGGCUUCUGGUGGCUGCUGUGGCCGCUGACGGAGAGUGAGAACGCGCUGGCUGGGUUUGCGGCGUGA